GGGGACACUCCCUGGCCGCGCCACUGCCUUGGCCAUGGCGCUGGCGUCAGCCGUGUCUGCACUGCCGCGCCGGCGCGCGCUGGUUGCCGAGAGCGCGAGCCGGCGCGCGAAACUGGCGAGCGCGGAGCGGGGCAGACGCAAAGAGAGGCUGCUGGCGGAGCAGUACCAGGCCGAGCUCGAGGCCGAGGUCGCAGGCCUGAGGGUCCUGGUCCGGGAGCUGCUGGCCGCCGAGCCCGUGCCGGCCGGCCUGGUCGACCUGCCAGCCCUGGGAGGUUCGCCAGCAGAGGCCCGCAAGCCUGCAGCGGGGGACAGGCCACCAGCGCUUCUGGAAGCGCAGCCGAAGGAGUACCGCCCGCGCGAGCCCCAGCCGUCUGCGCCCCCUCCGCUGCCGCCGCCCGCGCGGCAGGAGGAGCCCUCCUGGGGUGAACAGCGCUCCGCCGCCCGGAGGCUCACCGCGGCGGCCGAGGAGCGCGUCGCUGCACCCGCGGUGCUGGAGGUCUGCGUCAGCACGCCCAGCGCCAGGCAAGGGCUGGGCCACGCGAGGGCGGCCUCAGAGCCCGCGGGGAGCCGCUGGCGUGGCAGGCGGGCAGCCGCCGCGAGGUGGCCCUCCCAGCACGCCAGGACGCUGGCGAUGGCCCAGGAUGCUGGCGCUGGCGCCAGGGCUCUCUGGGAGGGCCUCGAGACGUCGGCGCUGGCAAGAAGGACCGGCCCGCUGGCGGAGGCUUGUUCCCCGAGCGGCGCGGCGGCCGCCGAUCCCCCGGAGGUGUCCCCCCUUCUGGCGGCCCGCCACGUGAAGGGCUCGGAGCGUCGUCUGCUCGAGCGAGAGGAAUGGAAGGCCCCCGUGUGCGACGAGACGCCCAAUACAGACGGCGCGGGGAGCGCCAGCGAGGACCGCGGGCCUGCCCAUCAGCUUCCUAUUGCGAGCCGCACGUAUGGCUGCCCAGCGCCCUCGCCUCUCGACGCUGGAGCUGGCGACUGCGCGUGCGCGGCCGGGGGCCUCAGUUCGCGGUCCGAGGCCCGCUCGCCUGCCCCAGAGGGCGCCGCUGGCGGGUCGCCCCUGGCCGCUCCCAGCCCCUCGCCGCGGAGGGCAAGGACACCGACGGGGCAGCUGUCGCGCCGCGAGGCGGUCGCUCGUCGAGCGUCGUUCUCGGUCGACGAGCUGAUCCCCUCGCGGGCGUCAUUCACGAUCGACGAGCUCACGCCCCUCCGGUCUCGGUCGCUCCGCAGCGCCAGCGACGAUCGCUCCGCCUGCAGGGCUCUGCUGCCGCCGUCGCCGCAGGCGCCUGCCCUGCUGCCGCUGGUCGAGGCCUUCUUCGCUGUCACGGCAGACCACCCUGGCGCGCGGUCUUCGGUUGUGUGGCCUGACACGAUCGCGGGGAGCUGCCUGGAGGAGACAGUGGUGAAGAGGGGGUUCUGCCCGGGCCCCGCCGCCUUCGCCCGCGACUUCCAAGGCAGGCCGUUCGUCUUCUCCCUGCUCGAGACGACGCUCGAUCCGAGCGGAAACCCAGACGGGGUGUUGUACGGCUGCGUUUGCGGAGAGGAUCCCACGGCUGAGGCCGACCCUGGCUCCGUGGAGCCCGAGCCUGGGGCCGGUAGCAACCACUCGAUGGUGUCACGGAUGCUGAAGACGCUGAAGCCGGGCAGGAGCCAGCGACAGCCCCAGCAGCAGCCUCAGCAGCGGUGGCGGGUGCUGUGCAUCGUGUCCAAGCUGCCCAUCUUCAAGCUGCUCUUUGGCCUGCUCCAGCACGCCCGCGACCUGCUCUGGGCCCACCCGGGCCGCGUGAGUGCCUUGCUCGAUCGGCUGAACCGGGCGGCCCUGGGCGGGCGGCUCGCCGAGGAGGCUGGCGUGCUGGGCCUGCCGUGGAUCAUGAGCAGGUUGCCGCCCGGCGCCCCGUGCCGCGUGAGCCGCAGCAUCCAGCCCCGCCCGGAGCAGGUGGCCCGCUGGCAGGCCUCCUGGGGCCUCCAGGCGCUCUGCAGCCGCGGGCGCUGCGCCGUGGGCCCCGGCAGCCUGGCGCAGCUCCUGGCCUGCCUGCUGCUCGAGCAGAGGGUGCUGCUGCUCGGGUGCGCGCCGGAGACCUCGGCGCUCGCGCUGGCGCUGCGGGCGCUCCUCUGGCCUUUCCAGUGGAUGCAUCCCUUCCUGUCGGCCUCCCCCGCGGGGGGCCUGGACAUCCCGCUCGCGGACUCGCCGUUCCCCGUGCUCGCGGCGCUCAGCUACACGGCAGACCUGGGCUACGCCUCGCUGGACCAGGUGCCCGCCGGUGUCGUGACAUAUUCCAUGGAGACGGACCGCGUCACGCCAAACUGGAUCCGGCUCCCGAGCGGCGGCCACGACGAGCUGGCCGGCCACGACGUCUUGGUGCGGCGGCUGGAGCAGGUGCGGGCGAGGUCGGCCCAGGCAGCAGGCGACCGAGCCGCGUGGGCGGCGGAGGCCACCCGCAGCGCCGUGUCGGGCGAGGUGCACGGGCUGGCAGGCAUGGUGGAGAGGUUCGCCGAGCACAUGGUCGCCAAGGCGCGCCGGGACAGCCCAGGAGCGAACCUGCAGGAACUCAUCGACGCCGCCCUCGAGCGCGGUGUGUUCUCGCGCUGGCUGCAGUCGUCGGGGCGCACCGGCGCCGCGGGCAGCUUCUACGACGCCCUGGCCGACACGCAGCUGGGCAGGCUGCACUUGGAGGAGAAGAUCGCCGAGAUGUUCUCCACUGGGAGCUCCUGCGCUGCGUGAGUUUGGGCGGCCACCAUAAGAACCCACCAAUACCAAAAGCCACCGGGAACAGCAUUGCUUGACCUCUCGGAAUACUGGCGGCACCUCAUACAACGAAAGGCCACACUUUUAGUAUUGGUGGGCCACUGGCCCCUCGCUAGAAUUCAGUUUAACGUCCAGGGCCAGUGGAGACGUCGGAGUCCGUCACCGGGCCAUCGGAUCUUCUGGCACGGAAUUUGCUCCCUCGGGCCUCUGGCGGAGCCCGCUCACAGUCGGCAUCGGCAGGGGGGGGGGACACUGCCGCGAGAGGUGCGGGGCAGAGGA